AUGAUGGAACCACCGCAGGCCCCAACUCAUCAUGCUUUGCUCCCAACUCUGCGCAGUCCAACUGUUCCAGGUUGCAAACUGUCCGACGCGAACAAUGUCGUUUUUCCAAUCUCUCCAAUCGACAUGCUGAUGCCGCGUAUGCAUGUUCCGAAGCUGCUCUACUUCCCUUCUACAGCUGAACCAGCCGCCAUCACAUCGAAUCUUCGAGCCGCCCUUGCACUCACGCUGAAAAGUAUACCAAUUAUUGCGGGCUCAGUGGCCCCAAGCAAGCAAGAAGGAGUUCAGAAGGGAUCUUUGAGCGUCCAGAGGCCAUACUUCGAGGCGGAAGACAUCCUUUCCAGCAACGAUCUGCGUAAUGAGUAUGAUUACGAACAGCUGCGGGCCGCACACUUCCCUUCGGACGAGAUAGCAUGGGAUGCUAUCGCACCGAAACAGUUCGGAAAAGCGGCAGACUCCGCACCUGUCAUGCUCGCGCAAGCAAACUUCUUGCGCGGCGGGCUGCUUCUGUUUUUCGCUGUCCAUCACUGCGUGCUAGAUGAGGUGGGCCUGUUCAAUGUGAUGAAAGUCUGGUCCUCAUCUUGUCGAGGGGACGUCGAUUUGCAUUUUGUCACGCCCCAGUGGUUCGAUCGGAGCCCUUUGUUGCAAGGAGCAGGGACUGGGAGACUGGAAGAUCACCCGGAGUAUGCGCUUGCACCGGAAGCAGAAACGGUGAGGGCAGCUGAAGAUCCAAGUGUCUACUUUCCGAGUUCCGAAAAUAUGGUGGCGACAAUGUCAGGCCCCAAUAAUGGGGAUGACGGCUCGGCGUGGAUCUCAACCAAUGAUGCCCUCAUUGCGCUCUUCUGGUGCUGCAUAACGUCCGCUCGAGUGGCCGAGAGUACAAAGGCAACGAGCGAGAUCUUCCCCCUGUUUGCGAUGGCCGUCAAUGGUCGAAGUAAACUUCACCCGCCGGUGGCCCCAGACUACUGUGGCAACGUGGUUCUCAUUGCAAAAACACUGUCGAAGGCCGAUGACUUACUCUCUCCACAACCUGGAUGUCUUGCGAAAGCGGCCUCGCUGGUCAGGAAGGCAGUAAACGUCGUGGACGAUGCCUAUGUCCGGGAUGUAAUCCAAAUGGUUCGGAACGUUGAUGAUGUUAGUCGGCUUGCACCUCGCAGGCGACCAUCCAUUGAGUAUAGUCUCGGUUGCAGUACUUGGGCCAGACAACCAUACUACAGCCUGGACUGGGGUCGCACAGUAGGCGGCGCUUGUGAGAGGAUCAGAAAGCGAAGGCUCCACACAGACGGUCUGUUCCUUAUUUUUCCACGCUUACCUAGCACUGAAGGCUUGGAUGGAAAGUCGGAUGGGAGAAAAGGUGGUGUGGAGGUGCAGCUUGGGUUACAGAGCAGUCACCUUCAGAUAUUGAUGAAAAAUCCGGUGUUCAUGGAAUUCGCGCAGUGGCGAUGUAGCUAG